GCCCAGCGCCGCAAAAUUGAGCGCGCGCAGCGGGCUGCAGAUCGGCGUGCCAAGUCUGGCAAGCUGAAGGACGUGGUGGCACGCUUUCAGUCUGAUGAGGAGAGUCAGGGGCCAGCAGCGCCCCAGAUGUCCCCCCGCAGUGCCACACUCUUCCGACUGGCCGGGGAGCUACAGACGGCACCUGGGGCCGACACAGCGGCGCUGCUGGGAAUACUCCAGGAGCUUGAGCGAAUCCCGGCCACAGUGGAACUGCUGAGGCGAACUCAGCUUGGCAUCAUCACUCAGCCGUACAAGGACCAUGGCGAUCCCGAGAUCCGCGCCAUCGCAAAGCGACUGAGGCGCAGCUGGAAGGACCUGAUCGCAGCAGCUGCUGGGGAGGCAUCCGCGCAGCAGGCAGCACCGCCACCACCGCCCGCAGAGCGCGAG